AUGGAGUUCCAAAGGAUAUACACGGAUAACGUAUGGGAAGGAAAUAGAGGAAUAGGGGGUACAGGUGGUGGUGGGAGUGGCGAUGGAUCUAAUCCUGCGAUGAUCAGGAAUCUGCCAAAAAUAAUGGAGGAUGUGAUCAACAAAUACAACGUGCUGAAGUGGUUGGAUGCGCCGUGUGGGAGAGUUCGGUGGACCAGCAAGUUCCUGAAAGAACAGCAGACGAAACGUCUUUCUGAAGGCAAACCCGAACUACAGUAUUUGGGUUUGGAUGUGGUGGGGUCUGUGAUCAAAAUGAAUACAGAGGAAUUCUGGGACGAGGCGGCCUGGACGUUCGAAUUAAAGGAUUUGGAAACGGAAGCUAUACCACAGGGAUACGAUCUGAUCUUGUGUAGGGACGCUUUACAGCACUUGCCGUUGAAGACUGCGCUUCGUGGUAAGUAUGAUAACGUACAGAUGUACCCAGUGCUUACAGCUGUCUGCGUACAUGUGAUGUUCAUGCGAUAA